AUGGGCGAAGUUAAUGGACCUGUCUGUUCACCUGAAAUCGUUCUUGCCUCAGCUGGCAAGACAUUAUCGGAAAAUGGACAAGAGAAUUCACCGCAUAAUUCUGAUUCUGGUCACGAAACAUCAUCGCCUGAUUCACCAUUAACACCCAUUGAGGAAGGAGCUGUUUCUCCAGCGGCGGAAAAGACUGGUAACGAUGGUGAGGUAUUGUGUCCGAGUGAUGAAUGCGAUACAUUUCGUAUCCGUAUUAUUGCACCUGGUGCAGAACCGUUCGACUUACAGGUAAAUUCAAAUGAAAUGGUGCAGGAGCUACAUCAGGUGCUGCUAGAACGUGAAGCAACGUGUCAUCGUACGUGUUUCAGCCUGCAGUUAAAUGGUGUCUCACUGGAUCAUUUUACCGAAUUAAAAAAUAUUUCUGGUCUUACAGAUGGAUCUGUGUUGAGAGUUGUCGAAGAACCGUAUACAACCCGAGAAGCUCGAAUUCAUGUUCGACAUAUUCGUGAUCUAAUUCGUUCUCUUGAUAUGUCUGAUGCUGUUAAUGGUACUGAUGGUGCAUCAAUGUCAUAUCUUGCUUCAAUGACGUUAGGAGAUCGCAAAAAAAACGCUGAUAAGACAUUAGAAUGUUCUCCUCCAGAUUAUGUCUUACCAGGAUAUAAGGAACGUCCAUUAAUACCAUUAUUACCGGUGAUGAAAGAACCUGUAUUAGCGUUGAAAAGUUUGGCAAUUUCACCGUUUAAUCCACCACCAGGACAUCGCAAGUUGAAGGGAGAUGUUCUCUAUUUGACGUUUGAUACAAGAGAAGGACGACGUUAUCAUAUAACUUGCUGUACGAAAGGCUUCUAUGUGAAUGCAACCACCGAAGCAGGUUUUCGACCAACACCCUCACCGUCACAUAGGACUGUCCACCAUUCACUGUUGGAUUUGCUUUCCUCAAUUAGCAUUUCAUUUAAACGUGCUAUGGCAUUAAUUUUGAAGAGACGUUCCGAAAAGCAUAUUUUCGAACGAUUACCAACACCGUAUCAGGUAAAUUCGUGGAUAGCACCGGUAUUCGAGCAAAUUGAAGAUGGAAUUCGUGCAGAAGACUGUACACAACCUCAUAAAAUUGGUCUUGAAGAUCAUAUUCCUGGACAAAUUCGUGAUUGGAACGAGGAACUGCAAACGACUCACGAAUUACCACGUGAAACACUCGCAAUGGCAGUUGUCGAUGGAAAUGUUGUUGCAAUAAAUCCGGCUGAUGAACCACGAACUCAUAUGUAUAUAUGGAAUAAUAUAUUCUUUUCGCUUGGGUUUGAUGUUAAAGAUCAUUAUAAGGAUUUGGGAGGCGAUGCAGCUGCCCAUGCAGCAACAUCGAAUGAUUUACAGGGUGUACGAGCUUAUGCGCAACUUGACAAUCCAAAACUUUUUACUUUGGGCAUGGUCAUUGUCGAUUAUAAAGGAUUUCGAGUAACUGCACAAUCGAUUAUACCAGGUAUUCUGGAGAGAGAACAGGAGCAAAGUGUGAUUUACGGGUCGGUCGAUUUUGGUAAGACAGUUGUUAGUUCUGAGGAAUAUCACGAUUUAUUAUCGAAGCCAGCAGAGCAGUUGAAAAUUUUACCUCAUGAAGUUCACAGUGGCAAAGAUGAUGGGAAAAUCAUUAAGCUGUGCUCAUCUUUUGAAACUAAGGGUAUUGUCGGAAACGAUUCGCGACAUUAUAUUUUAGAUCUAUUAAGAACUUUUCCACCAGAUGUAAAUUAUCUUGAAGAUGCGGAAGUAACAGAUAUUUGUAAAGCAAAUGGAUAUCCACGUACAUUUCCACAUAAGCUUGCUUCGUUGAGGCAGGAACUAAUUGACGCUUUCGUCGAGUACCGUUAUUUGAUGUUUAUUCGUAUAGCUGCAUAUCAUGUGCAACAAACUAAGCUAGGAUUGUUGGAAACGGAUUAUAAUGAUGAUAAGAAAGAAACGACAAAAGAAGAUACUGUUCUAAAAGUGACAGGAUUUAGUGAAGAUGCAAUUAUGAGUCAAAUCAAGAGGGAAAUAACUGCUGAUAUAAAAAUUGAUGAAAUGCCAUUGUUGGAAACUGAAGCAGCAAAAAAAAUUAUGGAAGAGGUUAUUGAUAGCGAUCAUAAGAAAGUUGACAGUUUGGAUAAAGAAAUAUCUGAAACGAUAAUGGCAAAGGCAGCAAAAGCAGUAGGAUCAAUUCGCAUGGAUGCAUUUGAUGUUAGAUUUAAUCCGGAUUGUUACUGUUCAACAGUACGCCAUGCCGAAAGUGAAGAUAUUACAAAGCAGCGACGUUUGGUAGCUGAAGCAGCUGAAUUUUUAAUUGUACAGCAAUUACCAAAUUUCGUUCGUGACUGCUUGCAACGUACGAUAAUGCUACUGGAUGGCGCAUCGCUUAUCGAUUCGUUACAUUCACGUGGUAUCAAUAUCCGAUAUCUGGGUAAACUGACAAAAUAUAUCCAAAAUGUUGGACAAUUAAGUUAUGUUAAGGUGAUCUGUAUCACGGAAUUGUUAUGUCGGUGUGCAAAGCAUAUCUUUCGCGGCUAUCUUCAACCUGUAUCAUCAGCGCAUACAGCAGCGGCAGUAUCACAUUUCUUGAAUUGUCUUCUGAGUUCAUCAACUGAACCUCUAACACCAUCUAAUGAAGAAGUAUCGAUGCCGAUAAAUAGUGUGAAAAAGUCGCGUUCAUCAAAGCGUCGGAAACAGAUCAGCAGUGGUGGUAAAGAAAAUGAUGACUGGGCUCAAAUGUCGUCGCACAAGCUUUGGGAACGAGUCAAAUCAGAUGCUGAUUUUUAUUAUGCGUUUACAAUUGAUGAAGAAAAUAUUGAUGCAUAUUUAUCCACAGUUGGAAUUCAAAAAACUUCUUUUUUACGCCGUUUUGUACAAAUAGUUGGAAUCCAGAUGCUUUUGCGGGAUUACAAUUUAGAAUCAGGGAAGAAAUCACAACUAUUCGUUGAGGAUGAUAUUCAAAGUUUGUAUUGUCAAGCGAAGCAUGUUGAUCCAAAAGCUGUAGAUGCUCACAGUUUGUUCCUUUCUGGACAAACCAAAGUGCAGCAAGGUCAGUUACGUGCCGGAUUUGAUUUAGUAUUAGAAUCUCUUAAUCUAAUGAAUAGUGUAUAUGGCGCGAUGCAUUCUGAUAUGGCGCAAUGUAUGCGUUUGCUUGCUCGUCUUUCAUACAUCCUUGGUGAUCCGUCUGAAGCGCUGUCGCAACAACACAAAGCAACAUUGAUGAGCGAGCGCUGUAAUGGUUUGGAUAGUGCUAAUACCAUUAUUGAAUAUUUGAAUCUUGCUCAUUUUUCAUUUGCAAAUCUUCAUAUUGCUGCUGCAUUGAAAUUACUUUAUCGAGCACGUUAUUUGUUACUACUUAUUCAUGGGGAAAACCAUCCAUUCAUGGCUGAAAUAGAUGGCAAUAUUGGCGUAAUAUUAUAUGCCGUGCAGGAAUUCGAUGAUGCAUUGAAAUUCCUUCAAAAUGCACUGAAAUUGCACCAGAUCUAUUUGGAACCACAGGCUUUGAAGACAGCACUUAUAUAUCAUUUGUUGGCAAGGACUUAUUCGUGUCGUGGAGAUUUCCGCACUGCCUUACAAAUGGAAAAGGAAACAUUUACAAUUUAUUCAAAAACAUUUGGCAUUGAUCAUGAAAAGACGAAAGAAAGCAGUGACUGUUUGAAACAUUUGACGCAGCAGGCUGUUACUUUCCAAAAACGUAUCAAUGAAGCUAAUCGGCAGGGUUCUAACAAUAUUGGACAGCUUCUUCCUGUUGAGAUUCAUCGUCCAUCAUUACAUAGUGUACUUGAAGUAUUAAAUAUAUUGAAUGGGAUCAUAUUUAUACAACUCAAAGGUAUUUCAACAUCUUCGGAUAUCGGUGAAGAAAAUUAUGAACUGGGAAAUAAUAAUAACAAUAAUAACAAAAGGAAGAAAAAAGCUGUGGAAGAUUUGGCAGUGAAAAAGAAUGGAAAUAAUGAUGAUACAACAGUAAUUUCAUCACGACCACAGGUGAAUAAUAUGAGCGGGAGCAGCACCGUACAAGUCAUGCAAGAAGUUGCUUUAGAUUAA